AAUCCCCCCCGUUUCCUCUCCCCCCCCCCCAGCUGUAACCAGCUCCGCUCGCUGCCCCCCGCCCUGUGCCGCCUGCAGCUCCAGGUGCUGCUGCUCAGCCACAACCGCCUGCAGCGCCUCCCAGAGGCCAUCGGAGGAAUGACAGCAUUGAGACAGCUGGACGUGAGCUGCAAUGAGCUCCGCUCUCUGCCGCCCUCUAUCGGCCGCUUGUCGUCACUGCGGGACCUCAACGUGCGCCGCAACCGGAUCACGGCGCUGCCCGCCGAGCUGUCGUUGCUGCCGCUGGUGCGCUUGGACUUCUCGUGCAAUCACGUGACCUCCAUCCCGCGCUGCUUCCGCCGCCUGCGCCACCUGCAGGCGCUGCUGUGCGACAACAACCCGCUGCACAGCCCGCCCCCACAGGUGUGUCUGAAGGGCCGUGUGCACAUCUUCAAGUACCUCCAGUCCGAACACCCCGACACCAUCAACACGUGCCUCCCCACAGAGCUGAGCCCCCUACGCCCACGGGGGGGGUUGGAUUCCGGCUUCAACAGCGUUGACAGCGGCUGCAAGCGGUGGUCAGGGAAUGAGUUCUCAGACCUCACUUAUGGCCCCAAGGAGAAACGCAGCACAGUGGGUGGUGACAGUGACCCUGAGCAGCUGGAACUGUUGGAGGGCAGCACUACAGGAGGGGAAGAGGAGGAGGACCUACCCUGCACCCCCCCACAGCCCCCAGGGGGCUCCCCUCUUAGUGUGAGAUGGGGAGGGGACCGGCAGAGGAGACCCCCCCGGAAUGUGCAGCUGUGGAAGAAGAGAGAGAGGGGGGAGAGAGGGAAAAGGGGGAACAGCGACCCACUGGAGCCCAGCACCUUCCUGCAGCAGACCCCUGGAGUCCUUCACCCAGCAGCGCUGUCAGCCCAUCAUGAGCCCCCACACCCCCAUCAAGCCCCCAGACUCAACAGUUUCCUGUUCCGGGUGAACAGCGCUAAACCUGCAGCAGCUCCACCUGGUGACAAACGGACGGAGCUGCAGCAGAGCACAAAGACACUGAUGCCAGAGGAGGUGGGGGGGGCUGCACUGCGCGCCCCAUGCAGGACCCCCAGGACCACCGUGAGUGAUGCCCCCACCUGAACAACCCCCCCUCCGUAACAGCCUUUCCACUCCCCAUUCCCAGUCCCAUUUUUGCCUUUAAUCCCCCCAUGAACCCCCAGGUCCCCCCUUUGUCCUCUCAUUCCCUCCCCCUC